UUCCGGUGUGGUGCUUCAAUUGGAUUGCAUUAAAAUGGCCGCACACAAAUCGUUCAGAAUCAAGCAAAAGUUAGCUAAAAAGCUAAAGCAGAACAGAUCUGUCCCGCAGUGGGUUCGCUUGCGUACUGGUAACACAAUCAGAUACAACGCCAAGCGUCGUCACUGGAGGCGCACCAAGUUGAAGUUGUAAGCGGUGGAUGAAAUCUUUUUCGACAUGCUGGUAUAAAACUUCCCAUGAAUAUAAAAUAAAAAUGUUCUAAAAGUGAAA